CACGUGCUUAGUUUGCAGAACAAAUUCAUUCAUUAUCAAUAGAGAACUUUAGAAUUUUCUAACCUUGAUGAAAGUUAACCGAUAUUGUAUCACCGAGUUAGUGUGUGGAAAUGUAUAUAUGAACAAUUUUUCUUAAGCUUGUUUAAAGAGACAACUUCUUAAUUUGAAGUUCAUUCAAAUUCCAUUACCUUUAAUUUAAAAAAAGAUUAUAUUGGACAAGGUCUUUGGUCUUUGGAAAAGCGUCUUCAAAAUUCCGAUUUUUGUCAAUUGUGUUUCGAUCUAUGCCAAUACGAUUCUUAUCGCACCUACAGAUAAUUCUAUAAAGGUAAAUGUAGACGUGAUACUGAACAGUGUUGUCGAAGAUUUCUCUAGGUCGACGUUAAUAUGAUGCCCAGGACCGUAAUUCUUUUUUGCGUAGUGCUUUCGUUUUCACUGCCAAUUAAGGCAGCCCAGUUGGUAUCUCUAAUACAAGGCGAUGUGAAACUGAGUAUAUCCCAGGAAAGCGGAAAGUUGCUUUUAACUGUGGUCAAUGGUUCAACAACAAAGUUAACGGGAGAAAUUGGAAUUCGCACAGCUGACGCAAGCAGCACCGCUUGUAUCGACGUUCCUAAUUGUUUCGAAUUCGGGAACAACAGGCUGCACGUUUACCAGCACAUCGAUUACGGUUUUACCAUCCUUUGGACAACGAACGUUCUUUCAAAGGUGUUUGAAGAUUGUUUUAGUCUUGGCGAUCAUCAUUGGUUUGGAGGCCCGGAACGGUUUCAACAAGCUUGGCCCAUAGAAAAAUUAACCCUAUCAAACUUCGCAAACGUUUUACAAGAGGACCAGUGGGGUGCAAUCGUCGAACCGUACUGGCUAAACUCGGCUGGUGUCUACAUCUUUGUCGAUGAGAGGGUUCCGUUGUUUAUAAACCAAAACACAGCCACGACACAAAAGAAAGUGUGCUUCUCCGCAAAGGCGGUCUCACCCUACCCACAAAGUCGCCAAAGGGUGAUACUGCAUUACACUAUAGGGGUUCAGGAAAAUGCCCGCAGUGCACAUUUACAUGCCGUAAAAAAUUUCCUAGGCAAACCUACAGGUCAUCCCAAUUAUAGAAUAAUCGAAAGGCCCAUUUGGUCAACAUGGGCCAAGUUUAAAAGGGAAGUAAAUGACGAAGUUAUUACCGCCUUCGCAAAGGAAAUUGUGGAUAACGGGUACCCAAACGGACAAUUUGAGCUCGACGACGAUUGGGAGGACUGCUAUGGGGCGCUCACCUUCAGGCAGUCAAAGUUUUCGAAAAUCACUCAAACUGUCCAAUACAUAAAAUCAUUGAAUUUUACGGUUUCGCUUUGGGUUCACCCGUUCAUCAACAUCGAUUGCACGAAGUAUCUAAAUCUUGCGCGAAACUAUGGAUUCCUAGUGAAAGACUUAAGUGGUAACGACCUCACACAGUGGUGGAAUAGCAAAAAUCGGGAGGCUACUUACUUAGACUUUACCAAUAUCGAAGUUCAGGAAUGGUUUGUGGCUAGGCUCAAAGCUUUGCAAAAGGCACACGGAAUAGACAGUUUUAAAUUUGAUGCCGGUGAAACAAGUUGGGCACCAACGAUUUCGCAACUGUACGGGGAUGUAGAAAAGAUGCCAAACGUGCUUUCAGUCGACUACGUGCGUACCUGUGCUCGAUUAGGCGAUUUGGUAGAGGUACGAUCUGCAUGGAAAACGCAAGAUUUGCCCAUAUUUGUGCGAAUGAUCGAUAAGGAUUCGAAUUGGGGCCUUUCUAAUGGACUAUACACGCUUAUUACAACAUUAUUUCAAAUGAAUCUGAAUGGAUACUCAAUGGUGUUGCCGGACAUGAUUGGUGGCAAUGGCUAUGACGGUAAACCAUCGGCGGAAUUGUUUGUGCGGUGGUUGCAAGCCAAUACCUUCAUGCCGAGCAUUCAGUUCAGUUACGUUCCGUGGGAGUUUACUAAUGCAGCGUUUAAUGUAACUCAAAUAUCGAGAAAAUUUGUUGAUUUGCAUCAGAAGUAUGCUCCUUACAUCAGGUUACAAAUGGAAAGGAGCAUCCAAGAAGGGCACCCAGUAAACGCUCCUAUUUGGUGGAUUUCUCCCAAUGACGCAACUGCUUUGGCGAUGGACACUGAGUACCUGCUGGGAGAUGACUUACUGGUAGCACCAAUUAUCAUUCAAGGGGCGACGUCUAGAGUCGUUUAUUUGCCUGCUGGAGAAUGGGUGGAUGGUAAUAAUGGGUCAACGUAUAAGGGUCCGAUUGAACUAAGAGACUAUAGUGCACCAAUUGAAGUUUUACCAUAUUUCAUUAAGGGAUCAUUAAUUCAUAAUACAACCGAUUCAGGAAGCGUUACGUUAUACUGUGUUACACCGAUUGUAAUUUUCGUUACCGUGACGAUGGUGGUUAUCACAGGGUGAAUUGCAUUUCUUAUAAAGAAUUACUCGUAGAAAUAAAUUUGUCUCAAAGCA